UAAACAAAUCAGUCCGUGCCUGUGAAGCAGUACUGCGGAUCGCGACUGUCAGCUCACUCAUGCUGCGCACACGAUCUCUGGCUGCUGACUCCUGUAUCUAGGGGCACUCUCGUGCGAUACUGCCCGUGGGAAUACACAUAUACCGCAAACAUGUCACGGCAUCACAGGACGCCGCUGAAAAACGAGGAGAGCGUAGUGGAGGUGAAGAGCAAAUUUGAGGCGGAGUACCGAAGGUUUGCCCUGAAGAGGAACGGAGCCGGGGGCUUCCAGGCAUUCUACCAACUGCUGCAGACAAUUCACCGGAUCCCCGGAGUGGAUGUGUUGCUGGGAUAUGCUGACAUCCAUGGAGAUCUACUUCCAAUCAACAAUGAUGACAACUUCCACAAAGCACUGUCCUUGGCCAAUCCGCUGCUUCGGAUUAUCAUUCAAAGGAGAGAUGUAGAUGUCUCCGUGCCCUUCCCAACAGGCUCUCUUCAGAGAAGAAAAAAGGGCCUAGCUGGUCUGCAUCAACCAAAGCAGAAGUCCAAACCUGCGCUGCUCAUCGGCCUUCCGCAGGAUUUCCGGCAGAUCUCUUCUAUCAUAGAUGUGGACAUCUUACCCGAGACACAUCUCCGUGUCCGUCUGCACAAGCACGGCACCAACAAACCCCUCGGCUUUUACAUCCGAGACGGCGUCAGCGUCCGCGUCACUCCCCAAGGGGUAGAGAAAGUUCCCGGCGUCUUCAUCUCCCGCCUGGUAAAAGGCGGUUUAGCAGAGAGCACAGGAUUGCUGGGAGUCAACGACGAGAUUCUUGAGGUGAACGGUAUCGAUGUGGCAGGUAAAUCACUGGACCAGGUCACCGACAUGAUGGUGGCUAACAGCCACAACCUCAUCGUGACAGUGAAACCUGCAAAUCAGCGGGUGCACAACACGAUGCACCGUGCGAGUAAAACAUCUGCUGGCAACAGUUCCGCUGGCUCGGGAGGCUCCGCCCUCUCACAUGACUCCGCCCCCAGCCCCGCCUCACAGAAUGCCAGCCAAUACAGCAACAGUGUGGCUGAGGGUGACAGUGAUGAUGAUACUGACCUCAUCCUCGAGAACGACAACCUGUCGACGUACAUGCCACACCGUAUGACUAAUGGCAAUGGCAGCCAUGCUAACACCCUGUCGUCGGGUGCAUUUGCGCACAGGCCCCUCCCACAAAGUGUUUCCUUGCCCAGUAGCAGCUCUUUAAGCUCCCUGACCAAACCCACACACAACGGCAGCCCCACCAAGACGAGCAGUAGCCAAGAAAGUAUGAGAGAGGAUGGCAACUUCAUUACGUUGUGAGCUACAGCAGGUUUUGAAGCCUUUAUGCACAUUUAUAAGAAAAUGAAGGAACUAUUAGAUCAUUGGCUAUUAUUUCUCAGCCAUUACUAUCACAAACAACAACCUAUUCACAUUCUUCCCCAAUGAAUGAGGACCCUCGGCCGCAUGGGUUGCACAAUCUAGCCCGUGUGUGAGGGCAUGUGGCUGUCACUGUAUGGAAGUGCCUUAUGGCCCCCUAGUUAUUAUUUCUUCUUUUGGGACAAAUCAACCAUAUUCAUCUCUGUUGACUCAGAAGUGUGCUAGCUACUACUGGGGUGCCUGAUGUUAACACUUGCACCUCAGAGGCCGUCAGAGACAAACCAAUUGCCUCUGUGGAAAUGAUGCGUGUCUUGUUUUGGAUUCAUUCUCACUUUUUAUGAUGCCUCUUGCAUUGAUGAUGAUGGUAAUGAUGAUGGAAGAUGAUGAUGAGGAGGUGGAGGAAAAUAUAUGAGUGUUAAACCAGAUCUGAUCAGUGUUGAUUAUGCUUGUUUGCUCAUCUCAUCUCAUUCUGAUGCUGAUCGUGCUUUCUCAAACUCAAAAUGUCUACCAAAUGUGCUCUACAUGAUGAUUUUAAAGUGUUGUUUCUAAUCAAGUCAUCAAUUCAAAGCAUUUAUUAAUCACAUUUUUAAUGUCUCGAGAUAGGAAGUGUAGAUCAUUCCAAAUAUGAAAACAUUUAAAGAUAUUUUUACUCUGUUCUGUCACUCUAUUGUUUGUAUAAAAGCCAUUUUAACUCCCAAGUUGGCUUAGUUUUCACAUUCAUCAUUGGUGUCAAAAAAGCAAGGAAAUGGAAACCUCUUUUUGGGUUCCUCUUCUGUCUAAUGUUGCAUUAAAAGUUUAUUCACCCAAAAAUAAAACUUAUUGGAAAUGUACUCACCCUCAUGUUAUUCCA